AUGUUCUGCCACAACUUCUUAAAUCGAACUACAGCCUUCCUCAUCUUCCUUACCUCUACCUCCGCCUUAACAAUCCAAAACAUUCUCUGGAACAUCCCAAACGGCAACCUCUCCUCACUCUCGCAAACCUUUACCUCCAGCCAAACCCUCCCUUUAUCCUGGAACGCAUGGGACUCCACUCAAUACGUCGACACAACCAAGAACCUCGUUGAUCUAUGGGCUACAGCUUUUGACUAUAACUUGAAUCCGUUUAGUCAACGCUUGACCGUGGGAAUCAACCUCACAUCCGCAGGGAAUUUCGCAUGGACGAUCGCCAUUCCAACGAGCAACUUAACCUUUGACGCCAAAUACGUCCUGAGGUUCAAAGUCACGUCUCCGAUCUACGAUGCCAGUUCGGGGGAGCUGUCUAGUCCGGGGUUUCUUGUUUUGGCUGCUUCUUCAACUUCAACUUCUGCUAGUACCAGUAGUUUCGUGCCGAGUACGAUCAAUACGUCGACGUUGAUGCCAACAGAUACCACAUCCACGACUCCGGCAGCGUUGGGUUUAAGUGUUGGGGCAAAGGGCGGAAUAGGUGCUGGUGUGGUGGUUGCUGUUUUGGUGGUGGGAGGAGUGUUGUGGUUCUUUCCUUUGGUUAGGAGGAGAGGGAAAGCGAGGGUGGUGCCGACUCAACCUCUUUUUGAUGAGAGGAAUAAUGAUGAUGGGCCAGCGGAAAUGCCGGUGAAGUCGACGCAUGUGGUGGAACUACCUGCCGGAUAA